AUGUUGCUAUGUAUAAGAUUGCCAAUGGGAAUGUUAUAUAUAGUGACUGCGCAUUAUCAAGAUAGAAUUCAGAAUUUUGAGGAAAUGGUAAUGUGCUUGUCGGUCUUAGGCACCUUUAUAAGUGGUAUUAUCGCUGGAACUAUAACGUCACUUGCCCUAACGGGAUUGUUCUUUGGUGUGAUAGAAUCUGAUAAAACAAAAGGUGCUGUGAUAUUUAAUAAGGCAAGAGUAGUUUUAUCAUUUGCCAUAUACUUUGGGAAUUAUAUCAAGUUUAUUGUUUCCUGGGUUUCUAGAAAAUAUCUGGCAUUAUUUGCAUAUGUGGUUAGACACUCAGGAAAUGGUCAUAUUUGGCCCACAGCUAACAUUUCUAAUGCAUGGAGUAAGUUUAAAUGGUGGGUAUACGGCACUAUUGUUUUUAUGCACUUUGAUAUAAAAUUGUUCUUUAAUAUCUUUAUGGGUCUUUUUAGAGAAUUGUUCAACCUUAAUCUUCCAGACGCUUAA